CGGCCAAGUGCGAGUCGGACUCGCCCAUGAAGGGUACCGUACCAUUUAUGACGUAUUAAAAAAACUACUUACUAGAUCUGGUUCAAACCAAUUUUCGUUGGAAGUUUGCAUGGUAAUGUAUAUCAUAUAUUUUUUUUAGAUUUUUCAUUCCGUUAUUUUAGAAGUUACAGAGGGGGGGGGACACUUUUUUUCACUUUGGAAGUGUCUCUUGCGCAAACUAUUCAGUUUAGAAAAAAAUGAUAUUAGAAACCUAAAUAUCAUUUUUGAAGACCUAUCCAUAGACACCCCACACGUAUGGGUCUGAUGAAAAAAAAUUUUUUUUUUUAAAUUUUAUGACGUAUUAAAAAAAACUACUUACUAGAUCUCGCUCAAACCAAUUUUCGGUGGAAGUUUGCAUGGCAAUGUAUAUCAUAUAUUUUUUUUAGAUUUUUCAUUCUGUUAUUUUAGAAGUUACGGAGGGGGGGGACACACAUUUUUCCACUUUGGAAGUGUCUCUCGCGCAAACUAUUCAGUUUAGAAAAAAUGAUAUUAGAAACCUCAAUAUCAUUUUUAAAGACCUAUCCAUAGAUACCCCACACGUAUGGGUUUGAUGAAAAAAGAUUUUUUGAGUUUCAGUUCUAAGUGUGGGGAACCCCCAAAAUUUAUUGUUUUUUUUUCUAUUUUUGUGUAAACAUCUUAAUGCGGUUCAUAGAAUACAUCUACUUACCAAGUUUGAACAGUAUAUAGCUCUUAUAGUUUCGGAAAAAAGUGGCUGUGACAUAAUCGGACAGACAGACGGACAUGACGAAUCUAUAAGGGUUCCGUUUUUUGCCAUUUGGCUACGGAACCCUAAAAAUGGUUACUUUUUCUCAUAUGUAGUCUGCCUCUUUCGCACUCAUGACUUGUUCAUAUACGUGAUGGCUUCCCAUUCGCACAUUUCAUCUGUCUGUCAAGCGAAGCGUUUGACAUGUCUCUGCGGAUAUCGGAAAGUCUUGAUGUAAUUGGUCCUUAUCGCAAUAACUUUUCAGUCGGUCGCAAGAUGUGUCUCCUAGCAGUUGUGGGGGUCCUAGCAGUAGUAUGCGAGCGCGUGGCUAGCCAGCGCUUCCCUCCAGGGUUCCAGUUCGGGGCCGCCACAUCGGCCUACCAAAUCGAAGGCGGCUGGAACGUAAGUGACAAAGGCGAAAGCAUCUGGGACCGCAUGGUCCACUCUCGUCCGGACUUAAUAUACGACCACAGCAACGCCGAUGUGGCAUGCGACUCCUACCACCUGUGGGAGGAAGACCUGCGACUGGUGCAAGAGAUGGGAUUGGACUUCUACAGGUUCUCUAUAUCCUGGCCUCGCCUGCUGCCUAACGGCUUCAGCAACAAGGUCAGCGAAGAUGGCCGCCGGUACUACAGCGCUGUCAUCGACGGGCUGCGGGCGCGCGGCGUCGCGCCUGUACUCACGCUCUACCACUGGGAUUUGCCGCAGAGACUACAGGACCUCGGAGGCUGGACGAACCCCCUCAUAGUGGAGUGGUUCGCGGACUACGCUCGUGUGGCGUUCUCCCUCUUCGCCGACCGAGUGCACACCUGGAUCACCAUCAACGAGCCGGGCUCCGUCUGCGACGUCGCCUACAGAGGGUUCCUGGCCCCGGGACUCAGGGACCACGAGGUCGGCGCGCUGUUGUGCACGAAGCACGUGCUGCUGGCUCAUGCCAGGGCGUACAGGGUGUACCAAGAGGAAUUUAAGCCGAAAUAUCAUGGUGAAGUGUCUAUCGCGUACCAGGAGUGUUGGUUCGAACCGAAAACUGACCAGGACCUGGAAAUCACUUUGCUGACGAGAGAAUAUUUAUUCGGGCGUUACUCGCAUCCCAUCUUCUCCGCCGCCGGGGGCUGGCCGCCCGCUCUGGAGAGGUACAUGGCAGACAAGAGCAAGAAGGAGGGGUACCCUCGCUCCAGGCUCCCGGCGUUCACCCCAGAUGAGAUACAACUUUUGAAAGGAUCGUUUGACUUCUACGGUCUGAACCACUACACGUCGCGCGUGGUGCGCGGCGCGGCGCCCGGCGAGCCCCUGGCCUUCAUAUCGCAGGGCGUCGAGGAGGUGCGCGCGGCGCUGGAGACCCGGCCCCGCUGGGGAACUGCUACGUCUUCCUGGUUGAAGGUGAACCCGGAAGGUCUCCGCCACCUCCUGAAGCUGAUCAAGCAACAGUACGGAGACGUGAAGAUCCUGAUCACAGAGAACGGGUACUCCGACACCGGCGACCAGCUCGAAGACCGCGACAGGGUCAACUACUACAAGGACUAUUUGGAACAGGUUCUCCUGGCCAUCACUGAGGACGCGGUGCGGGUGGUCGGCUACACCGCCUGGUCGCUGCUCGACAAUUUCGAAUGGGCGGCUGGAUACACGUCGCGCUUCGGGCUGUACUCCGUGGACUUCUCGUCGCCGCGCCGGCCCCGCGCCGCGCGCGCGUCCGCGCGGUACUACGCCGGCGUGCUGCGCGCGCGCGGCCCGCACGCCGACACCACACGCAACACCACGGCGUAGAUACAUGUAAAGCUCGUGCAACAUGCACAUUAUACACCGUGUUUUUAUUGAAUUCCGUUAACUUCGGGGUAUCGGUAAGUACGUUUAAGGAAACUAAAUGGCAAAGUUAAUUUAAAAAAAGGUUUUUUUAAAUAUUAUUUUAAUUUUUAUAAAAAGUAAUUAAAUGUUGCAUAUGGCGCUGAUGUAACACGGGCAUUACAUUUAACUCAACCAAACAAUUGAAACAUAUCAAUGUCAAUUCGAACUUCGAUCGUCCGAGAUAGUACUUACGUUUUAGUAACAAAUGUAUGAACUCAUACUAAACACUACUAAGUAUGAAUCAAUAUGUAAACAGGCCCUAAGGUAAGUGUACACGCUCGUAACGGCCUCAUAAUAUAAAAAAUUAUUAUGAAUUAUCUCCGAAAUGGAGUUAAUUAGAAUACCGGUGUCUUUGAGAAAGUUACUUAAUUUAAGCUCAGGAAUGCACCCUUGAAAUUAACGGAAAUAUAAAAAAAACACGGUGUAUAAACUCUGUUAAUAUGCAUGCUCUGUUAAUAUGAAUAAUAAAUCUAUUAAGAACUAAACACUUACUGACUAUUAUUACCUAGAAACGCUGUAGCGUUUCAAGCUAAGUUCUAGAAAAAGCCUCGCCUGCAGUACGGUCAAGGUCACACUUACCGACCCGACCACUUCUCUACUCCUAUUCAGCAUAUAGCGAAUAGGGAUGUUCCUCCUGCGGAAUAGGUUCCCUCUACCUACCCAUCAAUACUACAGGAAUGAAGAAUAAAACAAAAACCAUCAUCAAAAUUGUAUUUCAUGUAAGUUUUUAAACAUUUAAAAAUUUGUGUAGCGUCAAUAGUUCGAAACUACCUGAACUGAUUUUAUAAUGAAUC